GGAGUUUUCCCUGAGACGGAGAAGAAAGCCUUACGUUUUACCUUAAGGUUUUAUUGGGAUUUAUUCAUUACGGUGCCUUUUGUGCCUCAUAAUAUUUACAUCACGCAAGACUCUGAACUGCUACCAAUUUACCCUUCGCCUUGAUUCAGUUCCAGGAAAAUGCCUCUACAACUUCUAGAGGGGAUGUCCAGCAGGAAGCGAAGACCUAACUGGACAGACCAGGAGUGUCUCCUUCUUGCCCAGUUAAUGCAGGAGAGGAAAGAUAUAAUCAGAGGAAAGUGCAGCACUGGAGUAUCAAUACAAGAUAAAAGACAAGCCUGGGAGGAGAUAGCCCAAGCCAUCAAUGCUGCCUUUCCACAGAUUCAGCGUACAGUUUCUGACUGCAAUAAAAAGUGGGAAAAUCUGCUGGCAAAGUCAAGGGAGGAGAUCAAACGACAGAAAAGGCAAGCGGGCACAGAUGAAGGUCUGUCCCUUGAAGGGUUCAGUACUGUGACCCAAAUAGUGAUUUCUGUAAUGAACCUCUCAGACAUGCUGCAACAAGAUCACGAAGACUCUUCAGUUUCAGAGUUGGUGGAAACUCAACAAAACAGCUGUGAUAAAGAUGGAAAUGACCACACAACUGAUGAAAGACUCACAAACAAACGUCCAGUGACUGCGCAUGAACUCUCCACAUAUCCCGAUCCAUCCACCUCCCCAGGAGAACAAAAAAUGACUUUUGCUAAUGUUCCUAAAUCACUGGCAGUACAGUUCAGUACUCCCCGUGCUGCCAUCUUUACUGCCUCUGGAGAACACUCUGAUACUCCCUGCUCCACUUCUCCAAACUCAGCGCACUGCACAACUUUGCAAGAGCGGAUGGAUUUGGAAAUGUCUGUGCUGAGAAGACAAGAGGCCGUCCUCAAGCUGCAAGAGGAAUAUUACACACUAAAAAUCAAGCUGAUGAAAAAACAAAUGGAAAAGCCACUUCAAAAGGACUAAAGUAGUGGUAGAAAACUCCUGUAUUGCACCUGUAUAUGACUUACCUACCUGUGAAAUGUGACCAAUAGAAACAGGUGAAAUAAAAGGCUGAUCAUGAACUGUAUGGGCCAAGUUAUAUGUUGUAUUUUUUUCCACAUUAAUGCCUUUUUCAAAACCUCGCAUUCAGAGACUCUGUCACUCCUGUAAUGGGCAAGACAGUAUUGUCACCCACGUCUAUCUCCAGAGCACCAAGCUUGAAAUAUUGUGUGGAUGUUUAAAUGAGGGAAUGUUUUUUUGUUUAGCUUAACUUGUCAGUGUUCGCUUUAACAGAAAGUAUUUUCUGUGUUCGUGACUAUGGGCCAGUAAUUUUCUCUGCACUAGGCAUCCACACAAAUCCACACUAAACACGAAAAUACUACAUUGUAACAUUCUUCCUGGCAGAUAAUAUCUGUAUCUGUCAUUUUAUACAAACCACAAAUAUUGUUGUUCUGUAAUAGCAAAAAAAACCCUAUUUGUAGUCAUUACCAGUGUCUUUCGAAACUCUGUGGGACUGUAAUUGCUAUAAUAAUGAGCUAUAGCCAAUGCAUUGUCAAAUUGUUUUUGUUGUCUGUUUAUAAGUAAAUGUAAAUAUAAGAUGUGUCAUGAGAUACACUGUCUUCCUAACCAUACAUUUUGUUCUGUAUGACAGUGAAAGCCAAAAGAUUCAUCAUGUAUGUAGCAUCACAAUGCUAUAAUAGUAGACUAGAAACAAUGACAAGCUUUUGAUGAUAGCUCAAGUCAUAAGUAUUGAUAUGUGAGUUAGACAUCCUCUAAGCUGUCACACAUUAACAUGUAAUGCAUCGUGCCAUAUGCAGUAACUCUGGAAUUUCAAACGCUAAAUCCUGAAAUUCCUGAAAUUGAUUUAUAUUUUUUAGGAAGUAUAAUUUGUGCUUUUCUGUCAGGAGAGUCUAAUUCACAUGUAUAGUUUUACACUGAGAAAUUUUGUUUAUUUGCCGAUUUAUGCCAUUUACUCUUAAGUGCAAAUUUGGAAACUGUAAAUGUUUGACAUAUACCAAUAAACAUAUUUAUGAAAAUUGAACUUGAUCAUGCCAAUGUAAGUAAAUCUAAAAUAAUGUCCUGUCUAGACAAAUGUAGUAAUUUGUGUGUAAUAUUUCUCAUAAAUCCGUUUAUUUGUAAGUGACUGGGGUUGGCACCCAGAUGUAAGUAGUGGGGCCCAGAGUGUUGAAUAAAAGUCUGUUAUUUGC